AGAUUUGUCAUAUCAGCUGUACUUUCUAUACUCCCCUGUUGUAGUUUUUUCUUUCUUUCCCUUCCGUCCGCCGUAUAUCGAUUUCACUUCAAGUGCAGAAAGUGUAAUGCAGUACAAUUAAAAAGAGAAUAGACUUACUACUUUUUUUUAUUUUACUCAAGAUAUGUCGAGUAAAAUUGUUCACUGCUAGCAUAUUACUGCUUGAAGAACUCACCGAUAUAUAAAUAUUAAUCCAAGUGGACUCAAAUAUCUUUCUAUUUAAAUGUUAAAGUCGAAAAGUCGCUCGAUCGAAAAAGUUUGGAUGCCCUUGUCAAUUCCUGUUGCUUAUGAAGCAGGUUAGCAUUUUUAUUACAGCUGGCAAGAUUGUCUUUGUGCGGUUUAUGAAUUUUUAAAGAGUUAUGAACGUGCAAAUGAAAUCAACAAUGAGGUGUACAAAAUAUCAAAACAGCAAGAAGCUACUUUCGAGUGUAAAAGAGGAUGCUGAGAAUGUGACAAAGCCAGCAAAUGCCUGGAUAAAUAACAAGAAUGAAAACUCUCCUAAAAGUUGUCGAGAAUACAUAGCUCCUAAUAAUCAUAGCACACCGGUUAGGCAGAAGCCCAGCUUGGACAAAGUAGAAGAGCCAUCUGAUCUUGAUUAUUCCCCUAACCCGAUCUUACUUCCAUGUACACAAGACGGAGGUAAUGAGGUUGCGUGGGAUUGGCAGAAUACUCUGAGCAAAACUCCUAAUAGCAGGAGCAACAAACAAAAUGUUCAGUCUGAAACACCUAAAGGCACUAAGUUAUUCCCAAGGAAGAGGAAUUCAGACUCGCCUUUGUUGUGCAAGCCGCUCAAGAGGAAGACCAUCAAUAUGGAGAACAUGGAACACAUCGGACAGUUUGCAGCUGAAUUACAAGCGUUAAGUGAGAAGAUGAAAAUUAUAAAACAAAACGACCAAAGUGAAUCGGAUGAUUGUAUCAAAGAAGCACCAGUUGUGGUAAACACAAGCAACGAAAAAGAAGUCCAGCCUACUGUCAGAGAUAAGGAGAACUGUGGCACAGAAACCAACAGUCAUAACAAUGUUAGCAAGAAGAGCUCGAGUUACGAUGAUUUAUUUGACGAUUCGGUAGAUGAUUCCAUGGCUAGAUGCACUCAGGAGAUAGAGGAGAAGUUAAAUCUGAUUGCGGGCACAGGAAGCUCCACUGUGCAUCCACAGACGGAUAUCAAAGAAGAAAAAUUAUCUCCCGCAAGUGACACAAUUGUUAAAAUUUCUCCUACACAGUUUAAGGAGAGUACAGCGGCGGUACAACCAAAAGUGUCACCAAAAAGCUUGUUCCAUGGAGGCACAACCGGUGGCAGCAUAUUAAGGACGUAUUCGAAACUGCCAUUGAAGAAAGACGCAAGCUCCAGCAUGAUAGUUUCGCCUUGGAAAGAUAAGGAUCUACAUAAGCUGUGUCUAAACAACAAUAUGUUACACUACGACGUUGAAGAAUCUCUUGAUGAUAAGAAAUCGUCACGAGAUAGCGCAGUAGAAUUAUUCGGUAUCCCAGACGAUUCCUUUGACGAUUGCUUAGCGACUUGCAUCGAAGAUGACAAGUUAUUCUCAACGCCGGCUGAAUCCGGCGGUUUCUCAGCUCCUAAAAUUGAACCCAGUUACAAAACUUUGACUCAUGCACCUUUGAUAGGAAAACAGUACUCUAACAGCAGCAACUCUAGCAACAGUACGCAGGCGAAUUCCACGGCGAAAGUCGAGACGUCCACCGUUGGCUCAUUGAGCAAUAGGAAAUUUUUCAAAUCUAAAAGCUUAUCGGACAAAUGCAUCGGUCAGAACGUGAUCGCAAACUGUAAGAACACAGCGCACGUAACGUUCCCCUCGUAUUCGGCCAAGUCCGCGUCACACUUGAACCCGUCGCCCAAGAUGUCGUACGGUAGGAGUAUCGGGCAUUCUUCCGUAAGUAGAAAUUCGAUUGCUACAAAUGACCGCCGUCAGAUCGGAAGCGGUGCAAUUUCGCUAAUAUCCAGCGCGGAUCGAAUGCUGGGGUCCGAUGUUAACAGGUCCGCGGUAAAAGAAGGUGGUAAUCGUUUUGUCAAACACAAUUCCACCGGUAAUAUGAGAAACGAUACCGGAGAACCGACCAAAAUCAGUUCGCCGCCAGCUCGAUGCACUGCGGAGGAAAUCGAGAGGAAAAGGUUGCAAGCUAAGGCGAAACGCGAGGCGAGACAGAAACAGUACGUUUUAAGCAUUCAAAAUAAAAUGGCCGAUAAAGUCAAUAGAUAAAAACAGCUGUCGUCAUCCGUGUUAUUUAUUACGGAAGGGUGAAUAUCUCUCCGCUCUGCCGAAUAUCUGUCGGCUAAUGGCCGUUAUUAACUUCCGUUUCGCCAACGCGAAUGAAAAACGGACAUAACGAAUGUUAUUAUUGUUAUUCAUAAUUCGCGUUAUUAUAAUUGUUAUACAGUACUCUCUGAACAGAAUUGCGCGAAUAUUUUUUUAAUUGUACAGGUAUGAAUAUGUGUGCGUGUAUAUUUGUCUGCGUAUGAAAGAGAUCUAUUUGUAGAAUAUUUUAAGCUGUGUACAGAAAUGUUUAGAAUCGCAGAAAAUGCAACUGGGAUUCAUAUUUUUGGAGUUCUUCUAAACUUUUCGAAAUUAAUUGCUCUUUCCUGACUGAAGGAUUACAACAAAGAGAGAAAGAAUUGAUAAUGGUUAUUCGACUUGAAAGGUUAUAAUAAAGGUUAUAAUAAAAAGGUUUAUAACUCGAGCAUACGUACGCGAAAUAUAACCGCAAAAGCGAAAAAAACGAGUACGAAACCAUAUAUAUGUAUAUAUGCGAGUAAUUCAUUGUAAAUUAGUUUUUUCUUCUUAACUUCUCUCUUUCCCCAUUUUCUCUUUCUUCUGUUAUAUAUAUAUGUAUAUAUAUAUACGGGAUGUACAUUUUCGACUGUACAGGGUUCCGCUUUGACAACAUAUUAUCAUAAUUGUUCGUUCCAAUAUGUUCUUUAUUUUACGGAUUAGUUUAUUUAGAGAUAUUUAUAUAUGCGUUACGAUACAAAUCACACGAUUACGUUUUUGCAAUUGCAGACUCAUCGUUCUUCCCUUUCCCCCUUUUUUUAAUUCAAUUUCAGGAGGUAUCUAUCGCCUAGGACACGUAAAGAUGUAAGAUAUGCAACGUGUAUUUUACACGAGAGAUAGCUUAGAUUUAUUUAUACCGUGCGUGUGGAGAUCGAGGGGGAGAAUUCGUUGUAACGCGAUUCUCUCGGAUUUCUGGAACAAAGUACUGUAGUAUUGUUAUAUACAACGAUAUUAUAUAUAUAUAUAUAUAUAUAUUUUUCCAUGAGA